GGAAGCGCGUCAGUGACGUCAGUGUGCCUUGAGAGAGCAGCCAGCGUGCUCAUGAAUGGACGCAACUGAGUUGAUGGUGCAAAUUCUGUGCAGCUUUAACACGCCGAGCGAACCGUUCUCGCCGCUCGACUUUGAGGCAACAGAGGAAAUCUUCACCAGUGGGCAUGGAUUUCGCCUCCAGGCAGGCGAACCUGACCGAAGACGUAGCCUAGCCUAAAAACCAUCUGAGACCGUCGGAGUCUGCAAUGCCGGAAGACGCCGUUCAGGACGCCAUGAAAACCCCAGCUAGCAUAGAGAAAUCCGGCGGUGGUGGCGAGCGGCCCGCCGUCGCCACGACGACGGUCAGCAUUCCCCUGGUCAACGAGGUCCAGUUGACGGCGGCGACGGGCGGCGCCGAGCUGUCGUGCUACCGUUGCACGGUCCCGUUCGGCGUGGUGGUCCUGAUUGCCGGCGUGGUGGUGACGGCCGUGGCCUACAGCUUCAACUCGCACGGCUCCACCAUCUCCUACUUCGGACUGGUGCUGCUCUCAGCCGGACUGGUGCUGCUGGCGUCCAGUGCCGUCUGCUGGAGGGUCCGACUGGAACGCAAAAAGGAGCGACGGCGCGAGAGCCAGACGGUACUGGUGACCAAUCAGAGGAACCUUUUCACGUGAGCGCCACCUGGCAGGAGAAGGACGACGGGAAACUGUACGAACCAGAGAACCAGUCGAAGGCACAACUCCAUUUUGUCUCGCGAUUCAUGAAACUGAGUUUGACUUGAGCGACCCUUAAGAAGAUGCCGAGAUUGCCGGCAACGGCACCAGAGAACUCAACUCAAGCAUUCGGGCAACAUUGAUAACGAGAUUCUGAAAGUCCAGCAAGACUUACUGACUUUUUUUUUAUGUCAGGUUGCAUCAUGGACCGACGGUACUGGAUCCAAGGAGCUUUCUGCACUUUGCGUCAUCGCAUUUAAACCUCAUUUUGGUCUUAUAAUAGACUGAAAAUAUAAAUCCCAUGAAAUAUGUCACAAUGGUAUGGGAACGUUGCUCUGAAAAAAAAAUUCCUACAAAUGUAUCCAUAAUUCAAUCAAGUAGAUGUUUUGUGAUCGAGCCACAUUUAAUCCCUAUUAACUACUCCAAAUGUACCUUCAAGAUACUGCAUCAACAUUAUCUAAAGAUUGCACAACCAAUUGUUGUGGGCUUCAGUUGAGAUUUAGUUGUACUAAACUGUAAAUGAUGUAAAACAAUCCAAAUGACUCAAACUCUUAAGUGUAAUCUUGAAUGAGUUCUCAAGACAAUCAUGAUUUAAAUUAUAAUGACAAUAUUUGUAUAAGAAAAUGUAAGCUUAUUUGAAUAAAGUGGAGUACAUAGAAAUCAUUAUUUCUUCAUUUUAGUAUUAUGUUAAUAAUGAACCUUGAUGUAAAACUGCUGA